AAUAGCAAAAUGGAAAGAAAGAACCAUACAAGUCUGAAAGAAUUCAUUCUUUGGGGGCUAACAGAUGACCCUAAACUCCAGAUCAUGUUCUUUGCUGCAGGACUGUUGAUCUACACUGUCACUUUAACAGGGAAUUUGAUCAUAAUUAUUUUGAUAAAUAUUGACCAGCACCUCCAUAUUCCCAUGUACUUCUUACUGAGCAAUCUGUCCUUUACAGAGAUCUGUUAUAUCACCACUACCAUGCCAAAGAUGCUGUGGGACCUCCUGUCAGAGACCAAGUCCAUUUCCUUUACUGGUUGCUUUCUCCAAAUGUACUUCUUUCUGACUACUGCUGCCACAGAAGGUGCCCUACUUUCUGUCAUGGCAUACGAUCGUUAUGCAGCCAUCUGCCAACCAUUGCGCUACACCUUACUCAUGAGUCAACCUCUCUGCCAGGGUCUGGUGGCAAGUUCAUGGGCCAUUGGAAAUCUUAAUGCCAUUAUCAAUACUGCCUUUGUUUUCUCCCUGAAUUUUUGUAGUUCCAAUAAGAUAGUGCAUUUCUUUUGUGACAUUCCACCUCUUCUACAUUUAUCCUGUUCUAAUACUUCCCUUACUGAGCUGGUGACAUUCAUUGUCUCAGGAAGCAUCAUGAUAACCACUGUCUCCUUCAUUGUCCUCUCCUACUUUUUCAUAGUCUAUGCAGUGCUCAAAAUCCACACAGCUCAGGGCCAAAUCAAAACAUUUUCCACUUGUGCCUCCCACCUUACUGUAGUUAGCAUCUUCUAUAGCACUGCCAUCUUUACCUACAUGCAUCCCUCCUCUAGUCGCUCAAUGGAACAAGAUUGCCUAAUCUCUCUCUUAUAUACAAUAAUCACUCCUUUGCUGAAUCCUCUGAUCUACAGCUUCAAAAACAAGGAAAUUCAAGCAGCAUUCCUGAAUGUUCUUGGAAAGAAAGAAAAUUGUCAGCUCUGA